GGCGCGCGCGCGUCGCUUUUCGGCUCCCUGCCACAGCGGUAGCGGCCCCGCGCCCGCACACUCGCGCCGGCGCUUGGCGCACGGGGCUGCUGCCACUCCAUCUCCGCUUGAAGAUAGUACGCUCAACAGAAGCGGGCCUUUGGCCGCGGUUUCCGUGUGUGCAUUUUCCGCGUCAGCUGGCCUUUCUGUGUUACCGCUGCCGUGGAAAGAUCUGCUAGUCACGCUGAGAGGUUGAGUGGUUUCGAAGGGUCAAGAAGUAUCGAGCUUCUCUUUUUGCCCCGUGAAAAAGAGUUUUGUCCUUUGGUCGUCGCCUCUAGAACGAAUCUCAAAUAUCGCCGCAUAUCGCACGACAUAAAUCAUGUUUGACGCCGCCGCAAAGACGGUUUCCGAGCUGCAAAAAUCUUCCCCGAGCUCGACCAUCUCUUCUUUCCUCAUCCAGGAAUCGGACAUACAGCUGUGGGUGCAGACCGCAGUGAAGACCGCGCUACCGGAACUGGAAAAGCCGUUUCGGGAGGCGUUCAAGAAGCAGGAUGAACUGCUGUCGAAAAUGCUGGUUGGCAUGGACCGCAACACGCAGGUGAUGUCAGAAACCAUAGCGCUUCAGGGAAAACUGUUCAUCAGCAUGGGCAUCGCUGGGUUUGUCAUCGCGGACAAGGACUGGAGCAGGACAGAAAAGCUGGGCUUUUUGACACUCGGCGUCGGUGGGUUCCUCGGCUUUUGCAAACUGUUUCUGGAUGGAUAGCGGACGGCGCGUUGAGCGUUCCGUUUUUUUUCUCGUCAGUGCCUGCUUUCGAUGUUUAUUCGAUCUGACAGAAAUAGCAAGCAAGAGCCGCAAGGAAGACAUUUCCGAGCUGCAGUGGCUGCGAAACUGUACAAGUAUGCACAGCCAGAGGAAAUGCUUUUUCGCUGCGCAACAGCCUACGAAGUAUGGAAAGACUCGCUCGCGGCCGUCUCGCAUUGCUUGUUGUGUGUUUCAUGUUCCUUCAUCACAUUACGCGUUUUUUGUUUCAGAGCGCGACGGAGCCUUUGCGUCAUUUCCCUGGAUCCCCACGACCUACGAUGCAAGAGAGCGGAGUGGGUUUUCCGAUGAGGAGUUGAGUUCUGUCAGUGUCUGUGAGAGUCGUAAGUCAUUGCUUGAUGUAUCAAAAGUGCUCCAAACAAGCCAGAAAAACACAAACGUCAGUUCAAAGGAAAAGACCAUGACGCGCUCUGUUCUCGCCACCCUGCGCGCAGGGUUGCGGCCAAGCGGUGCAGGGAAGCUGCAGUUGCCGCAGGUGGUGCAGACGCGAAAAUUUGCGGGAUACACAAGUACUGGAUUAGAUGUUUCUUGUGUUAGUUUUCGUCGACGACCGGAUGAUGAUCAUGAUGACCUGUAGUUUUUGUCAUGCAAAAAUGUUGUGAGUAGCUAGUGAUGGCAUGUGUGAUGUGAAAUUGGUACCACCCGCAAAGGUAUGGCCGUGACGGGGAAGGAUUUGGAAAAGGGAGCAGAAGAUUGGGUGAUCGAAGAGACAAACUUCAACUUUGGUAUCGCUUUUACAACUAGCAGCGCCUUUGUUUGCAUGACCUGUGUUUAUUUUUCGAAGUAGGCAUGAUGACAAGCAGAAACAACCGGUGCAGCUCAUACGACAUACGAAUUAUGCACGACAAAAUAUUACUCAAGGUCGUAUGGCCCCCCGUCGAUUUAAGGAGACGGAAGACUUGGCCCGCCGAACCAAACGCUUGCUCGAAACCAACCCGUGUUUCAUGCAUACCCGGUUGCGUGACGGUACCUGCGUUCCCUACUGCCAGCCGGAUUUGCACGCGUUGGCGGAGAAACCAUACGUCUUUCACGCGUUUUAUGUAAUGGAUACAAUGGUUGAGGGCGGCGGUCUCUUUUGCGCCGUAGAGAGCCGUGUCAUCUACGCUACAUGGAAGUUAUUUUCCACACUGCAACUGCUGCUGCAUCGCAUGAGCACUAUUCUGCACAACAGCUGGGUAAGUUGA